AUGGCCACUCCGACUCCCGCCGCUCACCCCGCAUCCUACACAGCGUACGCGUUCACAGAGCCUGGGGGUGAUCUGCAGAAGAUCACCGUAGACUGGAGAGAUCCACACGAAGGCGAAGUAGUACUCAAAGUUCUUGCAUGCGGUGUCUGCGCCACGGACAAUGCGAUCGUGAACGGAACGUUUCCUGUUCCCCUGCCGCGCAUACCGGGGCACGAGAUCGUUGGCGACGUCGUCGCCGUGGGACCCAACGAGAAGCUGUGGGCUGUUGGUGACCGCGUCGGUGUCGGCUGCCAUGGCGGAUUCUGCGCGAAAUGCAAACGUUGUCGCGUCGGCGAUUUCGUCACCUGCGAGGAACAGGGUCUCACAGGCAUCCUCAUGGAUGGCGGGUACGCCGAAUAUGCGACCGUGCGGUCGCAGGCUGUCGCCGCGAUCCCCAAGGACCUUGAUCCAGCCGAAGUCGCCCCUCUUCUUUGCGCCGGCGUGACCACAUUCAACGGGCUACGUAAAGUCGACCUACUCCCAGGAGAAGUCGUCGCGAUACAGGGUAUCGGGGGCUUGGGGCAUCUGGCAGUCCAAUUCGCGCACGCGAUGGGCCAUCCGACCAUCGCAUUGUCGUCCAGUGCUGCGAAGGGAGAGCUCGCGCUCCGUCUCGGUGCGGUCGAGUACGCCGACGGCUCUCAAGUUGAUCAGGCAGCGGUCCUGCAGAAGCACGGAGGCGCGAAACUGAUCAUGUGCACCGCGAGCGCACCUGAGGCCACGAAGAAGCUGAUACCGGGGCUCGCGGUCGACGGCACCCUCCUCCUUCUGGCGGUGUCGAACGAGGAGUUCGGUGUUUCUCCCAUGGCCCUCCUCCGCCAGCGCUUCUCGAUCAAGGGGCUGCCUCACGGCCUCCCCAUGGAGAUCGAGGAGUGCGUCGCCUUCGCGAAGCUGCACAACAUCAAGGCUAUGGUGGAACGCUUCCCGCUCGCGCAAACACCGGAGGCGUCCCGGCGUCGGGAGUCCGCACGGUUCCGCGCUGUGAUUGUUCCCUGAUCUGCGGCAGUUUUACGCUUUGUAGAUAUCUGGCGCUGCCUCAGAUUCAAAUGAACACCAA